AUGACUAGGAAUAUUUAUAUGGAUGACAACGAUGUUUAUGAAUUCCAGGCCGAGGAUGAUGACGGUGAUGACGAUGAUGAUGAUGAUGAGUUCUCUAUUGAAUUUUAUAACCAUAAGGAUAAUGAUAGUGUAAUUUUCCAAAAUGAUAUUUUCUGUGAGGAUGAACUGGAUCAACAGGUACCUCUGCGGCAUAAAGGCAUCAUGAGUAAGAUUGUAGAUUGCAAGUAUAAAGAAUAUGGGGAUGAAGAUAAAGGUAUAUUAGAGGAUGACCUUCCGAUAAUAGAGUAUUCUUGUUUGACAGCUGGUAAUAUCUAUAGUUUGAUGUUGAACAGAGCUUCAAAGCUGCAGCCAGUGUUUAAUAUUCCUAUAUCAGAUGUUAUAGUUUUGUUGCAGAAGUACAAUUGGUGUGAGGAACGAAUGUUGGAGGCGUAUACGGAUGAUGCAAAAGCUGUACUGGAUUCUGCAGGCAUACUUAUUGGUGAAAACAGUGAGUUAUUUUCACGGUUAAAAACAAGAGAUGGAUUUGUAUGUCCAAUUUGCUGUGAGAGUUCUGAGACGAUGAAAACAUUUUCUCUUGAAUGCGGUCAUGAGUAUUGUCUUACCUGCUACCAACAUUACAUCAGUGAUAAACUUAAUGUUGGGAAUAUCAUUAAAUGUAUGAAUUGCGAAUUAGCUUUGAAAAACGAUGAUAUAGAUAUUAUUAUGGGUGAAGGAUCUAGUACCAAACUUAUGCUGUCGUCGAUAAAGGGUUUUAUUCAAAAACACAGCCAGUAUUAUAAAUGGUGCCCUUUUACUGAUUGCAAGUAUGUCAUACAUGUCAAAAAUACUAUGUCAUUAACACAGCUCAAUAGGAAAUAUCUGUCUCCUUAUGUUAUUUGUGAUAAUAAACAUCAAUUUUGUUUCAAUUGUUCUCUAGAGGUUCAUGCGCCUUGUGAUUGCAUCGUUGCAUCGUUUUGGGUAAGGAAGGCACAAGAAGAAUCAGAGAACUUGAAUUGGAUGUUACAAAAUACAAAAGAAUGUCCCAAAUGUAAUGUUAAUAUUGAAAAAAAUGGUGGAUGUAAUCAUAUGACCUGUCGAAGUUGUUCUUACGAGUUUUGUUGGCUUUGUGAGGGUGAUUGGAGUACGCACAAGGGUAGUUAUUAUCAGUGUAUACUUUAUGAUGAGAAGAAGCAAAACAAAAAGGGGGAUGAUGAAAAGAAGAUUAAAUUGCAUAAGUACAGUUAUUAUUACAAAUUAUUCAAUGUCCACGAAAGUUCUGCUCAAUUAGAUAUGAAAUUGGGUCUUACAGUUGAACAAAAAGUGAAGUCACUACAGGAUAACUUAGGUAUUUCUUGGAUAGAAGGCCAAUUUAUUCCUGAAGCAAUUGAAAAAAUAGUGAAUGGACGUACUGUUCUUAAAUGGUCUUUUGCUGUUGCAUAUUACUCAGAUCAUUCCCAUAACAUGUAUAAGAUUUUGGAGCAGAACCAAAUGGAACUUUCAAAAGCAGUAGAAGAACUCUCGGAAUUAUUAGAGAUAAAGGAUCCUAAACAAAUUAUGGAUCGUAAGUUAGACUUUUACAAUAUGUCUGACUAUGUUGAGAAGAGGUCCAAUGCAUUGGUCGAAUGUGGAAGGGAACUGCUCAUAAAAGGAAUUUGUAUCCCUAGGGAUUCUUAA